ACAUAGAGCCAAAUUAUGAUUGGUUUAUUUUUCGAGGCACCAACGCUUGGUAUUGGUCAGAGUGCGCGGGAAACACAAAUACAGACCAAUCACCGCCACGAAUCGUCCUCCUAUGCUUUCUCUAUGGAAGACGCCGCUGAUCACACCUAUAGGACGCUGUACACUGCACCCCUUCACAAAAUCAUGCCACGUGCCAAGUUAGUGGACACAAAGCCUCGAGGGCGGAUGUCAGCAUAUGCCUUCUUUGUUCAGACCUGUCGUGAAGAACACAAGAAGAAACAUCCUGAUGAGAAUGUUGUGUUCUCUGAAUUCUCCCGGAAAUGUGCUGAGAGGUGGAAGACAAUGACUGACAAGGAGAAGCAGAGAUUUUAUGAGAUGGCAGAGAAGGACAAACAGCGCUAUGACACAGAGAUGAAGGGUUACAAAGGUCCCCGUCAAUCUCGUGCAUCACGCAAGCGUAGAAACCGUAAAGACCCCAAUGCACCUAAGAGAGCCCUGUCAGCCUUUUUUUGGUUUUGCAAUGAUGAACGACCAAAGAUUCGUGCCACCAACCCUGACUUGGGUGUCGGUGAUGUAGCCAAACAGUUGGGAGCUGCCUGGAGUCAAGCCUUGCCUGAAUCCAAGGCCAAAUAUGAAGCCAUGGCUGAGGAGGAUAAAGCCAGGUACCAGAAGGAGAUGAGAGCAUUUAAGGCUGGGAACUUUGUGGCCAAGAAACUCAAGACUGCAGAAGAGAAUGAUGAGGAGGAGGAUGAAGAUGAAAGUGAAAGUGAAGAUGAGGAUGAGGAUGAGGAUGAAUGAUUGCCCCCACCUUUAUGUGGCCAGAAGUAUUAUAUAUGCAUAUGGGUAUAUAUAUAUAUAUAUAUAUAUA